CUCCUCCUCCUCCUCCUCCCAGAUGUUCCCUUGUGUGCAGCCAUCUGUUGAGCUCCCUCCUCCCUCCUCCUGCGGGGAAGGGGGCAGCCCGCCUGCCCGGCCAGCUGCACGCCUCGGCGGAGGAGGAGGAGGAGGAGGAGGAGGAGGAGGAGGGAGGAAGGAGCCUCCCGGCCCCCAGGCUGUGCUGCUGCCGGCUCCCCGCCGUGGGAACCGGCGCUGCGAGCCCGUAGGAGUGAGAACCGACCCCGGUCCCGGAAGAAGCAUCCAGCGCUCACCCAGCGCUGCAGUGACAGCAGUGUGUGCCAUCCACCCCUGUGUGAGACGGAGCCAACAGAAAGAGGUCAACGAUGCAGUUCUUAGCCUGGUUCAACUUGCUGCUUCUCCUUCCGUGUUUCAGUACCACCAAAACCUGCUUCCCUGGCUGCCACUGUGAAGUGGAAAGCUUUGGUCUCUUUGACAGCUUUAGCCUGACCAAGGUGGACUGCAGUGGAAUAGGCUCACACAUUGUUCCUGUCCCAAUCCCUCUGGAUACCUCCUACUUGGAUCUGUCCUCAAACAAACUGGAAACUAUCAAUGAAUCAAUGCUAACUGGCCCCGGAUACACCACCCUGGUGAGCCUUGACCUGAGCUACAAUAAAAUCGCCAAGAUUUCCUCCACAACUUUCUCCAGGCUUCGCUACCUGGAGUCUUUGGAUCUGAGUCAUAACUCUCUGGAAGUCCUUCCAGAGGACUGCUUCUCCAGUUCUCCUUUGGGCGACAUAGAUUUGAGCAAUAACAAGCUUUUGGAUAUAGCGAUAGACGUUUUUGCUUCAAAGGGUCAAGGAAAACCCUUGAAUGUGGAUCUAUCCAAUAACAUGCUCAGCAAAAUUACAAGGAACCAUGAAAAGAGCGUCCCCAACAUCCAGAACUUAAAUCUUUCUGGAAACAGGUUAACAACUGUGCCAAACCUCCAAGGCAUUCCUCUUCGAUACUUAAAUCUUGAUGGCAACCCACUAGCCAAGAUUGAGAAAGGAGACUUCAAGGGGCUGAAAGGUUUGAUUCAUUUAUCCCUCAGCGGCCUCCAUGACUUUAGAGAGUUAUCUCCUUACAGUUUCAAGGAAUUACCAGCCCUCCAAGUUCUGGAUUUAUCCAACAAUCCCAAUCUAAGGUCAUUGACUGCUGAAGUUAUCUUUGGCCUGAACUCUAUACAAGAGCUCAACCUCUCUGGGACCGGCGUGUCCUCCUUGCCAAAGACUGUGCUAAAAUACUUACCUUCCCUCAAAAGCAUCACCUUGAGGAAGAACAUUCAGUGUUUUAAGACCAUCAAAGAAGGACAGUACCACCGACAAAUUGGGCUGACCAAAAAAGAGGUCCUCAGCUGCCAUGACAGCCAUGGGGCCGUAGCAGCAGCGCCUUACGUUUUGUGAUGAAAGAGAAAGAAAGGGAUGGGGAAGUUGGAGUGGGAGGGUAGGGGGCCGUGGGGUUUGCACAGCUGUCGGACUGAGCUGGCUUGCAGUGUGCCUUUUGUAAAGCUGUCAAUAAUUUAUAUAUUUGUAUAUGCCAAUACUUGAUUGUUUGUGGGUUUUAUACACUUGCAAAUCCUCACUUGCAGGCCCCAGAUUCUACCCGGUAUGUUUGGGGCUGCAUAGCUCAAGAAGAGUGCUGAUGGACACUAAGGACCAAGUUGGGUCUUGGGGCAGAAGAGCUGCUGUGGUGCAAAACUCCACGCCCCAGACCGGUCUGCAGGUGCAAAGAUACACCUCUCCAAAGUGCACCCCAAAACCUGCCAACUCCGUAGCUGUUGGCUUCCAAACCCAUUCUUCAUCCCUGUUUUUAAUUAUUAUUCCCCAAGAAGUGCCUUUUGGAUGUUGCCUUCAUUAGCAGCACCCUGUUCCUUGUCAUGCACUUUCAGUCUGAAGAAACAUUUCCAGACAAACCUGAAUGCAACGUGCUCCUAAUGUGCUGGUUUUUACAUGAUAUUUGCAUUGAUGUGCAAUGAACACUGAGUAAGUAGAGAGUGUUCCACUCUUUUCUCCCUAUUUUCCCAUCUUGAUUCUUUGUAUGUCAGAUUACUUUAGGUCUAGCCUUGGCAACAUCCCAUCUUUCUGACAUUAGUGGGACAUUGACACAUUGCAAAGUAGAAGAAGCAUCUCACCCAGCUUGCAUCAAGCAAAUUAACUGAAAGACCACAUAGCCAAGCUUUAAAUGAAAAAACAAUUUCCUCCUUCGUUUUUGGGUAAACCUGGAAGAAAACAUUGACAGUGGUUUUUAUCUCAGUGACCUUAGCCAGCCAAGACACAGAGGACUCCGGAGCAAGCUGUCUCCAUGCUGAUGUUUCCCAGCUGAACUCAACAUCUGCAGCUCAGCUGGGAUCAUGUGAGGCAACUUCCAAAACGUGCCAGGAGCAGAAUUAGCACUGACGCCUGCAACCCUGGAGUAGUCUGCCUAUCAAGGGAAGGAUCUUGAGGUAUAUUUUCAUUCCAGUUCUGUGGCUUUUGUUUCUCUCACAUGGCUUCUUGGCUACAAACUGAGAUCUGAUAAAAAGCUUUGUCCUUGGAGCUUUAUGCAUUUUUCCUCUACUCUGAAAUGCUGGCAAAGCAAAGGGGAGCUUCCCUCAUCCCACUUCUUCUCCAGAUCAGGAGAAAGGGGGCAAAGGCAACACAGUGCUGUACAUUAAGCCUUCAUUCUGCUCAAAGGAGCUCUGCCAAUGGAGAUAUCCAUCCCAAAUCUGCCACUUUCUGUCCUGGGGAUGGGAGGGUCUGUUGUGGAUGGUGAUCCUGCACAGAUCUGUCCAUGGCUUGUUCUCCACACCCAGCCUUGCAUCAGGGUAACCUUAAAGUUUCUGAAACAGGCUGAGGGAAUCACAGAAUCACAGAAAAUCCUGAGUUGGAAGGGACCCAUAAGGAUCAUCAAGUCUGACUCCUGGCUUCACACAGUAUCACCCAAAAAUAAGACCAUACAGCUGAGACAGUUGUUCAUACACUUCUUGAACUAUGGCAAGCUUGGUGCUGUGACCACUUCCCUGGGGAGCCUGCUGCAGUCCCCAGCCAAGCUCUCAGCCUUUUCCUGAUAUCCAACCUGAACCUCCCCCAAAGGAGGGAGUCCAUGCAAAGAUGAUGGAGACAUAAACCCAGUCCGCAGCCCUCCUUGGGAGUGUUGGGAGGAGCUCAAGCUUCAUCUUCACACCCCCAAAGGCCUUCACAAAUGGAAAGCACAUUGCCCAAGGCAUUUCUCUCCAGCGAUGGUAGAAACCUGCUGAGCCCGUAAAAGCCAGCCACUGCCAGGGGGCUCACCCCAGAUUCAACGUCUUACUUUGGAUAUUUCAAUCCCUCUCACAUGCUGACACCCAUUUCCUUUUUGAUGGUUUGAUGGCAGACCAUGAGGUAGGAUUUUAACCCUUUUCAUCAGUGUUGGGGGCUUUGCCCCUCUGUUGAGCCUUUGAAAGGUUUGACCAGCCUUCACAUUCAUGAGAAACAAAGUAGUUUUCUUAAAAAGGCAGUGGGAAUGCCUGCAGGCAGACGGAGAUCCGGAAGAGAGCAGUGGAAGGAGGGGACAGUUUGGGAGAAAGGAGGUGGUUUUUAGUGGAUCUUGCCUUUUUAAGAGAAUUCUUUUCUGCUGGCAGAAAAAAAAAAAUGUAAUUUAAAAAAAAAAAAAUUGUUUAAUGUUGUAAGUCUGUACGUAGAUGCAAGGUUAGGGGGAUCAUAUACUGUUAGAUUCACCGGCUUUGCACCACUGUGGUAAAUUUAAAACCCAAUGUGACAAUCCAGUUGAAGACUGCAAUAUUUCCUGGUGUAAUCUCACGCUAGCUGCUAGCUGAACAAGUCUUAGCAAAGGCUGGCAAAUACCAUCGCUGUAUUAGUUUGUUUUUUACAGAAUCUCGGCAGCAUUGUAAGGCUUUGUGAUUACUCACAAUAUAAUAAAGUGAUUUGGAGGUGAACAAAUGUGGAUUUAUUGUCUUAGUGAUGGGAGGGUGAAUGGUUUAAAUCCAAAGUACAAUGUGAUGUGUUGUUGCCAUUCCUCUGUAGUUUCUUCCUUUGCCCUGCUCAGCCCUACCAGAACUGUGGGUGUCGUGUCUCCAAACUGCUGUGCUUGUCUCAUUGGGCUCCUCAUUAGUGGAAAGAUUAAAAAGCUUCACAAGGUCCAGGUAAGCUGACUGGAAGGGAGUUAUGGACAUUUGAGUGUCCAGAAUUGACACAAGAGCAUCUGGGGCAAAUGCUGUAGGGUAUGCUCCAAACUUUGUUAGAGGCAGUGUGAAGGUCUUAGUGGAUUUAGGGAAUGGUCUGCUAGUGAGGAGCUGAGCUGGAAGGCUGGGUUUGAAGAAGGGGUGAUCUGGGGAGACCCACAAGCUGUCUACCCUGUCCUCCAGGACUGGCAACCAUGUGGGACAUAUCUCCAGGAAAGGCCAGUUCUGGCUCACAGCACUGUUAAGAACUGUAAGGGAAAGCCAGGACCAACAUAUAGAGAUGGCUGGACAUGACAGUCCUUGCUGGUCUCUUCCCACUCAAGAUCUUCCAUGAUUCUAUGAUACCAUGCCUGCUCCUUUUGUGCCCACCAUGGCACGGUCUCUGCCCACCAGGCUCCACCACAGUUUUCCUUCUGCAUCUCCUUCUGGAUCAUGGAAUCAUAGAAUCAUUAAAGCUGGAAAAGAUCAUCUCCUCCAACUGUCCACAUACCACCACUGUUGCCCACUAAGCCAAGUCCAUAAAUGCCACAUCUCCACAGUUCUUGAAUGCCUCUAGGGACAGUGAAUCCACCUCCCUGGGCAGCCUGUUGCCAGUAUCCAACCUCUCUUGUGGAGAAGUUUUUCCUAAUAUCCAACCUGUUGGGAUCUCUCUUGCCACGGGACAGGGCUGUGCAAUCUGUUUGGCUGACAUGGUCUGCCAGGGCAAGGACACAGUGCCUAAAAUGAUGGGUCUGAAUCCAUCUAUCAGAUGGAUUCUCCAAAUUCCUUGUGAAUGCCCCACCAGCACUUUGUUGCACUUUGUGUACUCCUCCAUCCUAUUUUAGCUCCCUCUCAUUUUGCUGCUAUUUGAAUUACUUAAAUAGCCUAUCUGAAUUCUUCUACGUUGCAACAGGCAUGAGAGCCCCACCUGCAGCACGACGCCCUAUGCUCUUCAUGGAUCCCUCUCCACCAUAGGACCCAGACAAUAAAAACACAGAUGAAGAAAAGGCACAGGGUGACUCCAGGCUUGGAAAAUCAUAGAAUCAUUUGAAAGGGGAGGAAAGUUGAAAUUCGAGUUGAAAGGAGAGUUAAAGUUAAAUGGGGAGGGUGGUGGCCCUGCGUGUGGCAGGGGGGUUGGAGAUUCAUGAUCCUUG